AUGGCUUCCUACGCUGCUGUAAUUUCUCUUAAACAGACAAUUGACCAUUUUCUGAAGUCAUCGCAUGCUUCGAUUCCUCCCCACACUCGAAAAAUCCUAAAAGCAGUGUACAAGGAGGUACAGUCCGUACAGCAAGUCCUGACAAGGCUGGAUAUCCAUGGCGGCAGCAGACGCAGCGAGAGCUUGUCAGUCUUUGAUGCACAACUCACAGAGGCACUUCGUCAAACACAAGACGUGCUCGAACUCCACGCCUCCAAUCAAUCCGAAAACUCUUCCCUCCACCUGCGCGAGCUGAAACAGGAUAUUAAUGCCCUGAUCCAGACGAUGCAAAACACGAGGAAGGACUACAGUAGAGAAUUAAGCAACCUUUUGACUCAAGAAGAUGACAGCGAGUAUAUUUUGUCGACAACCGAUUUUCUUGGGUUUGAGUCGAAAAUUGUUGGAUUAUCAGAGGAAUUUCACGAUCUCAGAGAGAGAGUUGUAAGACGGAUUUCAGUAGACGCAGACCUUAAACAUUUCUUGUUAUCUGGGAUGGCCGGCAUCGGCAAGACCACCCUGGCCAAGAGAAUCUUCCAAGACCCGUCGGUUUCAAACCUGUUCCAACUUCGCCUGUGGGUCCCCAUCGGUUCUGGAUACCGGUUAGAAGAAAUCUUGAGUCGGUCUGAACCAGCGGAGGAUUUGGUCUCUGAGUAUCUGGAAGACCUUGUAUCUAACAGUGUUGUCAUGAUCCGCCAAAAGGGCUCGCUUUCUCACCUGGACUUACCGUCAUAUUACGUAAUCAAGACCUGUGGCCUCCAUUCCGCUUUUCGCCACCUGUGCGUGAGGGAAGCUGAGGGGAACAAAUUUUUCCACAUUUUCAACCUUCUUGAAGAUGGUUUAGUGCAUAAGACGAAGGGCCACCGCCGGUUGUGUGUCCACAAUAAUGUCUUGCUCGGCAUCAAGGAUGUUUAUAACUCUGUGGGGUCUGUUCCCAAUGCGCGCUCUCUCCUAUGCACCGGCCCAUACCAUCACUACCCGGUGCCAGUAUGUUUCGAUCGUUUAAGACUUUUGACGGUUGUCGAUGCUCUCGCGCUCCGUUUUUACGAGUUCCCUUUGGAAGUAUUGAAACUAGUUCAGCUGAGGUACCUUUCACUCACUGUGAACGAAAACCUACCCCCUUCGAUAUCUGACCUUCGUAAUCUUGAGUACCUGAUCGUCGCUCGACAUGUGAGCAUCGUGCCCUCUGAGACCCCAUCAUAUUUACCUUUGGCGAUAUGGGAUAUGAAAGAGCUCAAGCAUCUUCAGGUUAAAGGACGCGACUUGCCGAGUCCUUCUGAACGUGGUGCCUUCUUGCCGAAUCUCUCGACGCUUUUGGAUAAGAUUAGGCAUCUCUGCAUCAGAAACUGCUACAAGUUAGAAAAGUUCACUCCGGAAUUCGGUAUGGAACUAAACAGGAUUGAACUGAUCGACUGCGGCCCAGUGGUUGUGGCUAAUGCACAGCAGAUUGAAGAGCAGUUGAAGAAUGAACUAUUUCGUUAUUCUUUCAACGUUCGAGUUCGUUCUUCCUGCGAAGCUCGGGCUGCAAAACCAGUCACUUGA